GACUAAUGUAACUAUCCGUUACAAGCAUCAUGACAUUCCUGAGUAUUGCGUUUGCUGUCUUCCUGGUUGGUUUCGCCUCAGUCUCUGGGGCAGGAUGUAAGCCAAACUGCCCGAAGUGUCCACCGCUGUGGACCUUCUACGAUGGUCAUUGCUACCGCUUCUUUGGGGCUACCAAGACAUUCAGGGAAGCUGAAAAAAACUGCCAGCGGUACGUUCAACUGGGGGAGGGCCACCUGGUGUCCCUUACUAGUAAAGCUGAGGAAGAAUUGGUGUAUAUGAUAUUGAAGACAUCCGUUGGCACGCUCUCAAGAGAGAUGUGGAACGGCUUAAAUGACGAGAAACGUGAGGGGACAUUCGUCUGGACGGAUGGGUCGGACCUUUCGUACUCUAAUUGGGCGUCAAGACAACCAGACAAUAGCGGAAACCGUCAGGACUGCGUCUGCAUGCGAUCCGGUACAGGAUGGAAUGAUGUUCCCUGCACGAGUAGAAUGUCCUAUGUCUGCAAGAUGUUAACCACCAAGUAGGCCUGGAUCGACGUCAGACUUUGAAGGUACCGACUUUGAUGAAGAAAACACCGAUCCUGAUUCACCACCACGCUCACAAAAUCUCAUCCAUGCACCAACCAAUGGACAGUCACAUUUUAAACGUUAUCCAAGUCGGUAUGAUCCAUUGGCAGUGAAUGAUGCUACGUUUCUUUGCACGAUUCAAAGGACAGUUAGCCACCACUCCGGUGUUUCUAUGAGCUGAUAACAAAUUCCGCAUGCUUUAAAGUUAACACUGAUUUCAAACUUCUUAUAAAUGCUUGUUUAGUAAAUUUCGAGAGCUCUGGAGAAUGACUACAAAAGUUUUGGAACUCUAAUGAAUUUUCUUGAUUGAUGGGUACGAACUGUGCAUGCGUCUUAACACGAGUUACAUCGUCACUCAUUACAGAGAAACCAACACAGGGUUGAAGUCAAGUGUUACGUAGGCACUGGACACCAAUAUUCUGUCGCCUUUCUCCGUUUUGGGCAAAAACGCCAAUUUCAUUUUGCCACUAAGCCCCCUGGCGUCGCUGUGGACUGUGUCUCUUAACGGUUUAACCCAGGAGGAGAGAUCAUCUUUCUGUACAGAAUACUAUCUUCAAACAGAGCACAAAUAGAGCACACCAGCAUUCACUUUCCUGAACUUGACCGUUGUAGACUCUGCAGUACAUACCCCAUUUAGUUUGUGAAUAAUCCUGUCAGAACAUUUUCUCUUUUAUUUAAAUUGUUUCUGUUAAGAAUUAAAUUUUUUGAGAUUGGAGAUGGGAGUAAUGUAAAAUGUAUAAAAAUUCUUAUUCCAGCAAAGAGUCGAGCUGGAUUAUGGUGUAUAACAUUCAAACAUAUCCGCUCAUUUGACCGCAAAAUGAAACGGUUGGUAAAAACAACUAUAUCACAGUUUCGUCUGCAGUUUGUUUGAUGCAUGAUUUUAAACAAAAGCAGACAUGUUAUUCCAGUUUGGUAAACAUCAUUAUCAUUGACAUUCGGAUUUUUCUUCUUUUUUGUUUUAUCUUGCAUGAAUGCAAACUGUCUCAUUAUGGUAGAUUAAAUGUCCCUGCAUGAUGAGA